AUGGAUAUCGACAAAUCAUCCGUUCCACGUCCACCGCGACCUAAACGAACAAUCGAAAGAUGUCUAGCCGUCUCCUGUGUGCUCGUCGUAUGCGGUAUUGGACUAGUGGUGACAUUUGCUGUGUUUUCAUUCGUAAAAUCGACCGUACAAACAGUCAGAGAUCCACAUAAAUCGUUAUUGUAUAAUGGUACAGUGACACCAGAUCUCACCUCAGCUCAAGUCGUCAGACCUUUGAUAGAUGAAGAAACGAAGUUUGAUAUUUUGUUGACAAUAUACAGUAGAAUACCUAAUGACGAAACGGGAUAUAAAGAUGAAUAUGAGGAUGAAUCACAAGCUUGGAAUUCGACUGAUUAUUCGAGGGAUAUAAUGGCUAUCGCAGCUAAAACUGGCAUACCACCUGUUGAGGUAAAGCAUCUGCCAACAGAGAAGGUCAUCUUCGAAGAUGUCAUAUUGAAAGGACUAUCAUUGAGUGAUAGGGAUGUAGAGAAAACGGUCAAAAUCGAACUACCUCUGAAGAGAUUCUACGAUCGGUCUCUGUACACCUCUGAUGUCAGAGCUGCCGUCGCUCUCAUACCGCUUCACCCGAACAAGUUAGAGAGAAUGGAGGAUUAUACUAAUUGGAGACCCGAGGAAGCAGAUUUGAUUGGACGUGUUGAUCAAAAAUACGCGGAAACCCUUUUUCCAAAUUACAAAGGAGAAGAAUUCAUAACACAUUGGUUAUCUUUAGAACAUAUGGCUUAUGCUUUCCCGUUGAUCGAAUUCCAUGAUCAUGGUGAUCCUUGUAAUUCCACCGAUUCCGCACCGGAUGAAGAUGAUGUCGAGGAUGAUCUGUACGCUAGUAUACGAGACGAAGACGGAGGAGCUGAGAAUAAGACUGUAGCUCAGAGUGAGCUGGAAAGCGUGACCCCUAGGAAACCGUUUGACAAGCUGAAAGAUAAGGUGACACCUGGGUUGCAACCUCAUUUGGUAUCAAGAUCACACGUGUAUAUCAUGAAUGAGACUCGUCUAUUCGAUAGAAAGGCAUAUGAUAAGGCUCAUAAGAAUCUGCGGAGAGUUGCCUGCGGUAAAGCUAUGCCUGGUGGGCAAAUCUCGCGAUGGCUUUGUAGUCGCACAUAUGAAUCGAAUGGUCAUUGGGAAAACCGAUUCGUUUUGAAUUCGCCAGAAGGCUCAGGGAAGAAGCAGAAGGAAUUGGCAUAUGGACCGUAUUUAGGUCAUUUGACUCAUUCAGCUGGACCCAAGGACGUACACGCUUUACCUGUAACUCGACAUAAUUGCUCAAGUUCCAUCGAACCAGAUCCAGAGACUUUCGCCGUCAAUUAUACCCUGAGAUUCUCGUCUCUUACGCCUGGUCGUGUGAAUUUACUAAACAAUUUCAUCCAACCUCAAAGAGUUUCUCACAAUGCUACUGAUUUCGAGAAAGCACAUGCACACAACAACUGGGAACAAACCAGUGGUGUAUUUGGAGCUAAAGCAGAAGGAACACAUCCAUGGCGACGUUUCAUUAUCAACGUUAUCAGAACAUUCAUCGCUUUACCAUUGUUCGUUUUGAAUGUUAUAUACUGGUACACCCGAACCAGUACCGCAGGAAUCAACCAUUUAUCCACAUACCUCGCAGCAGCGGGUAUGACCUUCAACGCUUCCGUCAGCCUGUUUGAAUCUUGGAAACAACGUGAUGGAGUGACGGGAUUUUUACUCUCAGUCUUGCUGAGUCUCCUUGAGAUCUCUCCUUCUCUUCUCAUGCUCAGAGCAGUAUUACCUGUUGAAAUCAGUAGAAAUGGAUGGAAAAUGACAAUGAAGCGAUGGAGAUGGACUCACAAAGAGAGGAACAGUAUGAGAAGGGGCACAGGCAUUGAUCCAAAAGUCUUGGCAGGGAUUUUCAUCGGUUUACUAGGUCUGAUCUACUUACCGAAUCGAUAUGAUCUUUCACUCAUUGAACCACACAUGCUUCCGACCUCCUCAAAUCCUUCAGAUGAUACAAUACUGAAUAAACCAUUGGUCGCAUCCGUAACUCACACCAUCGAGUUAUUUUCGUAUAUAUUACAGCUCGCCCAAAAUCAAUCAUCCAAAACAUUCGCAGGUAAUUACGCUAUAACAGCAUAUAUGAUAUUGGGAUAUAGAGUUUCAGUGUUGGUAUAUUACUUACCUUUUAUCGUCGGUAAAUUUGAAGUAAGAGAUGGUUUGGCAUAUAUCGCAAUUAUAGAGAUUUUCAUCGAGAGUGCAUUAGUUUGGCAAGCUUGGAAUUUCCCUAGAAUCGAUCAAAAAUCAGAAGAAGGUGAAGAGUAA